GAAUGUGAUUGAAGGCCAAAUCUAAUCAAGGGUUUCACAAAUUUCUUUCCAGACUGACACUGCAAUCUCCUUGUGCCGUUUGGUCACUGGUACAGGCUCAGGGAUAAGUCCUAUUACUUUCACGGAUUGAUACCAGAUGAUGUCAUCUCUCUCUGGCCAAUAGAAUCACUGUAACCAUCAGUAUCUUGAAUGAUGCCCAGCCAAUUUCCUGUUAAAGGUAACUUCAUCAUUGCGAUGGAAACAUAUACCGCAACGGCCAGCAAGACUGAGGGUUUGUGUAGUGGUGGCUUUUCACUGGGGGAAUGUGGAAGGAAGGGAAAAAACAGAAGUGCAUAUGUUCUGCAUUGUCCUGCUCAUAAGAAACUGCCUAUAAAUGAAACUGGAUAAAGGUGAUGUGGACUACAGUGCAGUGAACGCAGACCUCACAAUGGAUGCCAAGGUUAAUUCAGUCAAUGGAGGUGUUUCCAUACUUCAUAAGGUUAUACAGGGGAAACAUCACUAUGAAGUGGAUCGUGUGGUUAAAAUAGAUCAUGUGGCUGAACCUUAUCUAAGAAACAGAGAUAAACUGCUGAAGAUCAAUGGACAAGACUUGGAGAAUCUGAGUCCAGAAACGUUUGCAGAGCUGCUGACAAAAGGUUCACCAAUGUUGACAGUGCACCAAUCCAGUCAGGACACUCCUCAGGAGAAAUGUGAGGUACAGCAAGGAAUGUAUCCCUUCAGCAAGGAGGAGACUGUCAUGCACCUGAGCCUGGAGAUGAGGCAGGAGGAGGAGCUGGAGGAGAAGCAUGAGGAGAAGGGAGGGGAAAAUGACAGGGGGCAUCCCAAUGGCAAGAAGGAGCGCCCCGAGGAAGGCAACGAGUCCCACUCGAGUGAACUGGAUGGCAUACUGCUGGUUUCCAUGACGAACACCAGCAUUUCCAUCAUAGAAGGACGAGGCUGUACUGCUGAGAGCCCCUGUCAUGACUGCGGUGGAACAGAGUGCAACUUCAGUGAUGUAGUGAUGGUGGCCCAAUCCACCGAAUUGACUUUGGUGUCCAGAGAAAUUGCUAAUUUCCUUCAAGAGAGAGUACGGGAUAGCAUUCUCAUUCGAGGUUUAGUGCAUGACAUGUACAUCAACAACAGAGACAAGACAGCAGCCAUGUCAAGUCCACCCAGCUCCGAUGCAGAAAUUUCAAUCUAUUUCUACAAAUCUGAUUCUGUGGGUGGGGAGUAUCCGGGUUGUCCCGUUGUGUUGAAUUUCACUCGCACAAACAACUUCCUCAAAUGCAACAAGCAGGAUGACAAAGCUGUACUUAGUAUAGAGAGUUGUGAUAAGAGGAAGCUGAAACAUAUCAUUCGCGGAGACAAAGAAACCUGGCCUUUUGUUUUCUACAUGAAAGCCAACAGAGACAACACACGCCGAUUUGAAUCUGCUAACUGUCGAGGAUGGUUUAUACACUCCCAGAAUGAAAAUGUUGGAGUGAAAUGCCAAGAGUCAAAAGAUGAGACAUUCCUCUUUAUAAUCCAAAAAAAAUUAUUUUAGUUAGGGAGAGGACUGUCCAUACAAAAUGUUAAAAUGUUAAAAAAUAAAAAUGACCGUGUAUUAUUAAGGCUGCAUUAUUUGCCACAAUAAUCAUGCCCAAUUAAUCUGUGUGAUGUUCAUUAUCACGUUCCAAAUGAAUUUGUGUGUGCUCUGUUCCAAACUGUGUCCAAACUGUGAAUUAUCUAUUUGAUGAUGAAUCUUCUCUGAAAGUGCACAUCUGCAAAUUUGUCUGUGUGAUUUGUGCAUAUGCCACACAUAGUAAAAUUGUCAGACAGUUUUACUGCCUAUAAGCAACUUGAAUUUGCCUUACGAUUAAAUGCAAAUAUCACCUUUUUUUGCAAGCGUAAUUCACAGUUUAGUGAUGACCACAUUGAAUUGUGAAACUGUGAAGAAAAAAUAAAACAAUUGCAUUUAUUUUUAAGAGAAAUAUAAGAACAAAUGUUUUACGGAUUACUGUAAUAAUUACUCUUUCAUAUAUUUUCAUGUUUGCAAAAAAUCUGUAUUCAAUAACACUGGAAUGUAAUAUAUUUUGAUGUUUAUGGGGGGUUAUGGGUCAAGCUACUUUUACUAUGUUGUCAUAUUGUAGUUUUAACAAUUAUUUUCUGUUUAAAUUUUACCUGGCAUAGAUAUUAAACACAAAUUAAAAGAUCUCAUAUAUAUAAUAGAAAAAGUCAAUGAAAUGGAUUUAUAGAUAACUGAAUGUAAACUAUAGAAAUGUAUCAUUCAUUUGUUGUUUUACACCCUUCUCGUCAGGUAGUUACAGUAUUGCAUUUAUGUUCUCUUUUUCUGGCAUAUCCAUUUUCAUGAGUUAUUGCUAGAAAAUGAAAUAAGCUUCAGAAAUAUUUUCUGUUUUGACUGUAUACUUAUAUGUGGUGGAAAGGCAACCAGACUGACAUUUCAAAUGCUGUAUGCAUUUAUUAAAUGCAUUUUUUUGCAAUCCAAAAAAUGAA